AUGAAGCUAUUGGCUGUGAUCGCGUUGGUGCUUUGCACUUUGAGCGUCAAACCUCUGGAAAUGGAGAGUGCCAAGAUUUUGGCUACCUUUCCGUUUUCAGGGCGCUCUCAGUACAUCUUUAUGGAGACCUAUUUGAAGGCUUUAGCCGCAAAGGGCCACCAGGUGACAGUGAUCAAUGCCUUCAGAAAUAAGGCAACUCCGAACAUGAGGUUCAUCGAGGCUAUGAAGGGUCACGAAUUCUCUGACGAAAUGUUGGGUUUGCUCAAUGAACCUUUCUUUUGGCAGCAACUUAAGGCAAUGGAUUAUAUUGUGGCUAAAUUCACCGAGAUAACACUGGAAGAUGAUAGUGUCAAGCAGCUGCUGAACUCCGGAGAAACCUUUGAUCUGGUGUUGGCUGAGAUGAUCCAAAUGGAACCACUGUAUGCAUUUGCUCAGCAUUUCAAUGCCACUCUGGCUGGAUUCUCUAGUUUUGGAACAGACAACCACGUCGAUGGGGUUAUGGGAAACAUAUCUCCCAUGUCGUAUAACGCAAUUGCUAGCUCUCCCCGCACCAAUCGGAUGACCUUUGUUGAACGGUUGAGCAAUGUCUACGAAACUGUGGUUCAGGAAGUUUACCGGCAUUGGAUUCACUUGCCAGCUAUGGAAAAGAUGUUCAAAAAGUACUUUCCAAACUCCAAGAAAACCAUGACUGCGGUCUUGGACAGUUUUUCAUUCAUACUGCUGGGCCAGCACUUCUCCCUAAGCCAUCCGCGGCCCUACUUGCCCAACAUGAUCGAGGUCGGAGGAGUGCACAUUUUCCACAACCCGAAGCCCCUGCCCGAGGACAUAAAACAGUUUAUCGAGAGCUCUCCCGAGGGUGUCAUCUACUUCUCCAUGGGAUCCAAUGUGAAGAGCAAGGAUCUUCCCCAGGAAACUCGGAAUACUCUGCUGAAAACCUUUGCGAAACUGAAACAACGCGUGCUAUGGAAAUUUGAGAUUGAUGAGUUGCAGGGAAAGCCGGCGAAUGUACUGAUCAAGAAGUGGUAUCCCCAACCAGACAUCCUGGCCCAUCCCAAUGUGAAGGUGUUCAUCACUCACGGAGGUCUGUUGAGCACCACAGAAAGUGUGUACUUUGGCAAGCCGGUGUUGCAGUUACCUUGCAUCUACGACCAGCAUAUGAACGUGAAGCGUGCCCAGCGAAUGGGAUUUGGAUUGGGACUGGAUCUCAAUAACCUGAAGCAAGAGGAAUUGGAAAAAGCCAUCAAAACACUCCUUACAGAUCCUAGCUACGCCAAAGCAUCGGCCGUCAUUUCGGAGUUGUAUUGGGAUCAACCGGAGCCAGCUCUCGAUCGAGCAAUCUGGUGGACGGAGUAUGUUCUUAGGCACAAGGGUGCUCCCCACCUGCGAGCAACAUCCCGGGAUCUCACCUUCAUUCAACUUCACAGCCUGGACACCUUGGCUGGGCUUUUCGGUGUGCCUCUGCUAGUUGCACUCAUCCUCCUGAAGUUAUCUUAUAAAUUACUGCGCGGCAAAAGCCAGAAGUGCCCGCAUGCAGAUAAGCUUAAGAAUCAAUAG